AGGUGUUACGGCCGUUUUGAUGCGCACUACUGAGCCAAUGUGUCAACUGUUCUACACACGGCGUGAGAGGACACGGACCCGGGAUGCUUUACCGAAAUAAUGUGGAUUUAUUGACAUUACUUUAGUAAAAUUUUGUAAUUUUAUAGCCGAACAUAGCGGGGAUAGUCAUUGUUGUGUAAUUUAACCCCUGACAAAACCAUGUUUCGGCAAACGAAGGCGGCGCUCCAGAAACUUCGAUAUCUAAGUUUCAAUGGACAGCAGCAUACCUGGAGGCUGAAGAGCACUUCAGCAGGAGAGAGGGCUCUUCAGUACCAAGCGGGACAGAAAAUCCACGGCUUUACAGUCAGAGAGGUUGUGGAGGUCCCUGACUUGUUUCUCACAGCAGUGAAGUUGACUCAUGAUAAAACAGGAGCUCAGUACCUGCAUGCAGCCAGAGAUGACUCCAAUAACCUCUUCAGUGUCCAGUUCAGGACGACCCCCAUGGACAGCACAGGGGUCCCACACAUCCUGGAGCACACGGUGCUUUGUGGAUCCCAGAAGUAUCCCUGCAGAGACCCCUUCUUCAAGAUGCUCAACAGGUCCUUGUCCACCUUCAUGAACGCCUUCACAGCCAGUGACUACACUAUGUAUCCCUUCUCAACCCAAAAUGGAAAAGACUUCCAGAAUCUUCUGUCAGUCUAUCUGGAUGCAGUUUUCUUCCCUUGUUUACGAGAGCAGGAUUUCUGGCAGGAAGGCUGGAGGCUGGAGAAUGAAAACCCCACAGAUCCUAACUCACCGCUGAUGUUUAAAGGAGUGGUGUUUAAUGAAAUGAAGGGAGCUUUUUCGGACAACGAGAGACUGUAUGCCCAGCACCUCCAGAACAAGUUGUAUCCAGACCACACCUACUCUGUGGUGUCAGGCGGAGAGCCUCUGGCCAUCCCCGACCUCACCUGGGAGCAACUCAAACAAUUCCACGCCACACACUACCACCCCAGCAACGCCAGGUUCUUCACCUAUGGAGACUUGCCACUGGAGCAGCAUCUGAAGCAAAUUGAAGAAGAAGCUCUGUCCAAGUUCGAACGCAUCGACCCGAACACGCAGGUCCCCUCCCAGCCACACUGGAACAGCCCCAGAGAGGACCAUGUGACCUGCAGCCCUGACGCUCUGGCUCCAGAUCCAGCCAGGCAGAACACGCUGUGUGUGAGCUACCUGCUGGGAGACAUCACCGACACAUUUGAAGGCUUCACUCUCAGCCUGCUGUCCUCUCUGAUGAUCUCCGGUCCAAACUCUCCCUUCUACAAAGCUCUCAUCGAACCCAAGAUAGGAACCGACUUCUCCUCAGUCGUCGGAUAUGACGGUAGCACCAAAGAGGCGUCAUUCAGCAUUGGACUGCAAGGAAUGGCCGAGGAGGACACAGAGAGGGUCAAACAAAUCAUAAACCAAACCAUCAAUGACAUCAUAGAGAACGGCUUCGAGGAGGAGAGGAUCGAGGGUCUCCUCCACAAGAUCGAGAUCCAGAUGAAGCACCAGUCCACCAGCUUCGGCUUGUCUCUGGCCUCGUACAUAGCAUCAUCGUGGAAUCAUGACGGCAACCCCGUGGAGCUGCUGCAGAUCAGUGACAGUGUUGAAAAGUUCAGACAAGCACUGAAGGAAAACCCACGCUUCCUCCAGGACAAAGUCAGACACUACUUUAAGGAGAACACACACAGACUGACCCUGUCCAUGAGCCCAGAUGAAGCCUACCUAGAGAAACAAGCCAAGGCCGAGGAGGAGAAGCUCCAGAAAAAGAUCCAGGUUCUGACUGACAGCGACAGAAAGCAGAUCUAUGAGAAAGGUCUGGAGCUGCUGGAUGCUCAGAGUAAAACCCAGGACGCCUCCUGUCUACCUGCAGUCAAAGUGUCCGACAUCGAGCCCACGAUACCCAUCACUCCUGUUCAAAUGAGCACUGCAGGAGGCGUUCCGGUGCAGUACUGUGAGCAGCCCACUAACGGUUUGGUUUACUUCAGAGCCAUGUGUAGUCUCAACACCCUGCCAGAGGACCUCAGGCUUUAUGUCCCUCUCUUCUGCAGCGUUAUUACCAGGAUGGGCUGUGGAGCUCUGGACUACAGACAACAGGCCCAGCAGAAGGAGCUGAGGACAGGGGGCAUGUCUAUCUCCACCCAAGUCAUCCCUGAUUCUACCCAGCUGGACAUGUACGAGCAGGGCGUCCUCCUGUCCUCCUCCUGCUUGGAGAGGAACCUUCCUCACAUGUUUGAGCUGUGGAGCGACAUAUUCAACAGCCCCCACCUUGAUAACGAGGAGCGUCUGAGGGUGCUGGUGAUGAUGUCAGCACAGGAAUUGGCCAACGGUAUCUCCAACUCUGGUCACUUGUACGCUAUGACCCGGGCAGGCCGUCACCUGACUCCAGCGGGAGACCUGCAGGAGACUUUUGGUGGGAUGGAACAGGUGAAGUUUAUGAAGAGGAUAGCUGAGAUGUCAGACCUGGGCCAGGUCAUCCGAACUCUACCCAGGAUCAAAAAACACCUUCUCAAUCCUGACAACAUGAGGUGUGCGGUUAAUGCAACUCCACAGAAAAUGUCUGACGCAGCGGGACAGUUGGAGAACUUUAUGAAGGACGUUGCUGGAAACAGAAAAGAGCGCAAACCUGUCCGAUCAAAUAUUACCGAGAGGCCACUAGACCUCCUGGACGACUCCGGGCCAAGUAAGAAACUCAUCUCCGAGCCAAAUUUCCAGCCGUGUCAGAUGAAAACCUUCUUCCAGCUGCCCUUCCCCGUCAACUUUGUCAGCGAGACUAUUCGUACGGUACCGUUCAACCACGAGGACUACGCCAGUCUUUGUCUCUUGGGAAGGAUGAUGACGGCAAAAUAUCUCCACGGAGAGAUCCGUGAGAAGGGCGGAGCCUAUGGGGGCGGGGCCAGGAUGGGAGGAGGCGGUCUGUUCUCCUUUUACUCGUACAGGGACCCGAACUCGACGCAGACCUUGUCGGCGUUUCGUAAAGGUGUGGACUGGGCAAAGUCAGGCCAGUUCACCCAGCAAGACAUCGACGAAGCCAAGCUGUCAGUCUUCUCAGCGGUCGACGCACCUGUGGCCCCUUCAGACAAAGGGAUGGGUCGCUUCCUCAGUGGAAUCACAGACGAGAUGAAGCAGAGUUACAGAGAAAGACUCUUUGCUGUCAAUCAUAAAAACCUGGUGGAUGUGGCUGGAAGGUACCUCGGCGUGGGUCAGAGGACGUGUGGCGUCGCCAUCUUGGGCCCGGAGAACGAGACGAUAAAGAAAGAUCCAUCGUGGAUUGUUAAAUAAUGUUAUCAGUAGGUAUUUUUCUAAUUGAAAACUGAACUGGACUACAGAUGUACAACAGUGGAAGAACUAACUAUGAACUAAAAACACAAAGCCAAUUCUAUUUAUAGGAUUUUUU